UAAGUGUAAGUUUUUACUAAAAUACAAUUUCAUAAUAUUGAUAUUUUGCAUAUUAAUAAGAUCAUCUAUGAUUUUUUUGCUGACGACACACAUUUUUGGGAGAGAAAGAGAACUAUCGCAGAGUCCAUACAAGUUUCUGAUUCUACAAGACUUCAGUGCUCUUUUCGCAAUGGAAGAUGUUCCGGAUGGAUCGUUACGUCACAAGACACUUCAUGCCAGUGGAGUUUAGAAAAGCCAGGAAAAAUUGAAGACAAAAUUAUCUAUGGAGGUGAUUUUAUAACUCUAACUACUCCUGGAAUAUCGUCUCUGGAAUCCCCGUCUAUGCCUUGGACCUCUAAUUAUAAAGAUAUAAGCAUGUGUGCUGAGUUCUCUUAUCUUCUUCCUUCCAACACUUCAUCCCGUCUCGAGGUUUAUAGAAAAACUAGUUCGAGUGAGGAUCUCUUGUGGUUGAUGAAAGGCCAUCACGGGAUAAAGUGGCAACGAGCUAAAAUACCUUUGAAGUCAGAGGAAAACUUCCAGAUCAUUUUGAAAGGAGUGUCUAAGACAAACGGUUCUAUUUCSUUGGCGAUAAAAGGCUUUCAGGCAACCAGCAGAUCCUGUAGGCAUCGCCCAGAGUUUGCAGAACCGGGAUUUGUAUGUGAAGUAACUGACUUCCAAUGUGCUAAUGGCCAGUGCAUUAAUAAACAUCGAAGAUGUGAUGGUAUCCAUGGUGACUGUCCGGAUGGUUCUGACGAGAAAGGUUGUGUUUGUCAAAUUGGUUACUUUACCUGUGCCAAUCAAAUAUGUAUCCAUCACAAUAAACUGUGUGAUGAAAAGAGACACUGUCCAGGAGGCGAGGAUGAGCAUUAUUGUGAUAAGAAGUGUCCAGGGCAUCAGUGUCUGGAUGGGACAUGCAGUUCGUGUGGCCAGCAGUCGCACUGUGAAGAGGAGAGACAUAAUCUAUCAUGUGAUGCCAUUGUAACCAAGAAACUAGCCAACUCGCAAAGGUGUCAAGUUCAAAGAGGAAUUUGUGGUUUUGACAACGAGCUCUGUGGCUUUCAAAACGAUACCAAGAGCACUAUUUUUUGGGAUUUCUUUAAACCAGUGGAUUAUAAGUCAAGGAAACACAACUUUCCCAAGUAUGACCACACGUCAUUGACUGACAAAGAAAGCUACAUUAUCUUAAAGUCGAACGAAAAUACAAAACCUGKUCAAGGAAGACUGUUGAAACACUGGAACAUGGUUCAAAGAAGUGUCUGCAUGCAGUUCUGGUAUCUUAUUCCUGAUAAAUCAGACUCAUCGCUUGAGAUUUUUAUGGACAAUAAUACUAGGACUAAUUCGCUCUGGAAGAUUUCAAUCUCUACUUAUGGCGAGUGGGCAUUUGGACAAGUACCAAUACCUGGAAACUCAACAGGGAAGAUUAUCAUCAUAGGAUCUGUGCGUAAACACUUCGUCGCUCUUGAUGAUGUAGGAUUUGUCGAGGAUGACUGUGCUUCAGUUUACUUUCAACUGUUUCUUUCUUGGCGUGAAACUGCGUCAGUAUCUACAAAUAUCCUAACGAGUCCACUUAUUCAUCCAAACGCGGAAGGAUGGCGGUGCUUGCGAUUUCGGUAUUACAGCCUAGGCCUCGGCAACACGUACUUUGUAAUCAAAUUUGAAGUUGAAUUCCAAACAGAAAAUAAAACUAUAGAGCAAUGGAGCUACAGUAGACCGAGUAAUGAUGCGGUAUUCAUUCAACUGCCAAUUCCAGAAAAGGAAGAGAGUUUACAGAUAAAGAUAAAGAGACGAAAAGCUCAAGAUAUCUCUUACCGAUGGCUAAAACAUUUUCAGAUUAGCUAUUUCAAGGAGCACUGCCAGAAGAUUCCAGUACAUCAAGAAUGUCAAGAAUACCGAACUCUCAGUUAUUCAGAUCGUCGAGAAGACGCCAUUGCAGAGGAGGAGAUAUUCCGAGAUUGUGAUGAUUAUCUUUCUACGACCGCAUGGUACCGAGUGUUCGGUUCCGCUGGAAAUCAGUUGGCAAGAUCGUGUAUAAAAAGGAAAUGGUCCUGCUCUACUGAAUAUAUGGGGUGGAUCAAUGGCCAACUUCCUUCAGUAGAGGAAGAGGUUGUUGAACGUCAACUCUGCUUUGCGACAGGCGACAAGUGCUGUGUUAAGGAAACUAUCGUAAGGAUAAGAAACUGCAUAGAAUAUUUCGUCUAUCAGUUUCCGAKAAAGGUUCCAUCUUGUCCAUCAAAGUACUGUACUCUAUAUAGACAAAAGUGCGAAGAUAAUGCCAUUGGUGUAUCAAACAACAGUAUUAUACCAGAUACCAGUUUGACAGCAACUUCAUAUCAGGAAAACAGAUAUCCACCCCACCAUGCGAGAAUUGAUUACAAUGGAUAUGGAUGGGCACCAAAGACUAUUAGUGACUCUAGUGACUAUCUACAGAUAGACUUAGGUGCGGUGUUUACCAUAUGUGCUGUAGCUACACAAGGUUGUGGACACAAAUAUGAAGAGUGGACAACCGAAUACAAGAUAGCAACAUCUAUUGACAAUAAAAACUGGACUCUUUAUCAAAGUGGUGGUAAAGUGAAGUUAUUUCUCGGCAACAAAGACACAAAAAGUAUCGUCCAGAAUACAUUAGACGAUACUCGAACUCUUGCCAGGCUCAUAAGAUUCAUACCAACGAAAUACCACAAUUUCAAAGCACUACGUGUAGAAGUGUAUGGAUAUAUGAAAGAAACCAACAUAGCAAACGAAUGGAAAGGCUGGAUGAAAAGACGUGAUGAGAAAGUGCGGUGGGAAGUACUUGAUGAAAGUUCUUAUGAAAAGGUUGCAAAUGCCAUAGAAUCGUCGAGAAAAUCACAAGGUGUCAGCUUAACCCAGGAUUAUGCGUCAGACAUUGGUUUCUCGCUUGGCUGUAAAAACUACUCUGUCAAUAUCAAGAUAAGCAGCACAUUGGAAGAAUUGACUUUGUGUCUUUGGAUUUCAAUCAAAACCAUGAUCUCAUCACCAAUCAAACUUAAUGUCGAUUAUGUGAAAGUCGAGAAAACGAAUGAUGCUGGCAUUAAUAUUGCGUUUGUCAAGAUUGAUGCUGUUACGAGAAAUGUAAAGAAUAAAUGGCGUCACGUUUGUGUCACGUGGAUGUCAAAUUUUGGAGUGUGGCAGACGUACAUCGACGGUGCUGCAAUGCAUCAUGGAAAGGGGGUGUUAGAMAAAGAAGAACUGUAUAGUAAGUUAAGUCUGAAGCGUUUCUGUAAUGAUGUUUGAAGUAACUAUUAACAUUCUUGUCGAACAUGUACA